AUGCAAAAUGAGAAGAGGUGCAGGAAAAGAAGAGUGCCACUUGCUGCCACUGCGUCCCCCGCAGUGACGAAGCUGGACAGGCAAUGUGGCACUUUGACGGGGGCAGCAAAGGAAGCAGCUGGAAGGAGAACUUCUCCCCGGAAGAAAUACUUUUUUGAAAAUAACGAAAUGACCGUUUUCACUGAAGAAUUUUACCUCCAAAAAAAUGUGCUGUCCAUUACGGAGGCCCUGAUUGGACACAUUCUGUGGGUAUAUGAUAGGGGGGGAAAAAGAUUAUACGGAUCCAGAAUAACCGAACUGGAAGCAUACAACGGAACUGAAGACAAAGCAUCCCAUGCAUAUAACAAUAAAAAGACAAACAGGAAUGCAACUAUGUUUGGAAAAGGUGGAGUCAGUUAUGUGUACCUCUGCUAUGGCAUACACAACUGCUUAAAUAUAGUUACAAAUGAAGAGAAUAUCCCCGACGCGAUUUUGGUCCGAUCGCUGGAGCCGUUCUAUGGUACCCACGGUAUGUUGCUUAACAGGUAUGGAAUUCAUUCUGGGGGGUCCGUGCUGGGAAGGGGCUCUCCCGGUCGUGUUUCAUGCGCGGUGAAAGGGGAAGGGGGUGGCAUUAGUCCAAUUGGCUUCCCAGAUCAGCCUCCUCCUCACCAGAGCGACUACUGCAUGGAUAAAGAGAAGCUACAAAGGAUUGACACAGUGAAGGCCAUUUUAAAAUCGAUAAAUAUGAGAAAAUUGGCCAAGGUUUGCAGUGGCCCUGGGUGUGUAACGAAGUGCUUAGCUAUUACGAGGCAGGACGAUAAGGCCAGUUUUUUUUCGGACCGGCCGCAGUAUUCCAGGGAGGGGAAGAAGCUCCUUUUGGACGUUAAACAUGUGGCAGCACCCGUGCAGGGUCGUGGUGAUACCGGGGUAGCGGCACAGGCAGAUAGGGAGUGUAUUGCAGAGUGUGCUGCGGAGCGUAUUGCAGGGCGUAUGGAGGAGCGUGUUGUCGAUCGUGUUGCCGAACGUGACCACCUUCCAGAAGGGCCACACCCAGCCAGCGAAGGUAAAAACAUAAGCCCGGAUCACUGCUCCACAUGCAACAUAAGCGAUUUUCAACGGAGUCGAUUCUUCAUUAGCAUCUGUCCCAGCACAAGUCAAAUUAUAAAUUUUUACGAAGCAUUGGUUUCUCAGAAAAGGGAAAAUCAUAACUACAUAGAGGACGUGUACAGUCAGUACAAGGCCCACUUGCUGGACUAUUUCAGCUGUAUGAAAUGGGAGCAGGAGGAAAUCGUCGUGCAGAGGGACAAACGGGUAGGAGUGGCCUAUGCUGAGGAGGCUGCCCUGUAUGACUACCGUUUUUUGUUAAAGGGCCAUCCCUCCAUUUCGGUCUUACCCAAGUGA